CCCUACGAAUGCCGUGAGUGUGGGAAAACCUUCAUUUACAGAUCAGGCCUUUCUCAGCAUCAGAGAAUCCACACAGGGGAGAGGCCCUUUGAAUGCCGUGAGUGUGGGAAAUGCUUCACUAGCAGCUCAAACCUUUCUCAACAUCAGAGAAUCCACACAGGGGAGAGGCCCUAUGAAUGCCGUGAGUGCGGGAAAAGCUUCUCUAGCAGCUCAGCCCUUAUUCAUCAUCAGAGAAUCCACACAGACGAGAGGCCCUAUGAAUGCAGUGAGUGUGGGAAAAGCUUCUCUAGGAGAUCAGGCCUUUCUCAGCAUCAGAGAAUCCACACAGGGAAGAGUCCCUAUGAAUGCCGUGAGUGUGGGAAAACCUUCAAUUGCAGAUCAAACCUUAUUACUCAUCAGAGAAUCCACACAGGGGAGAGGCCCUAUGAAUGCAGUGAGUGUGGGAAAAGCUUCUAUAGCAGCUCAGCCCUUUCUAAACAUCAGAGAAUCCACACAGGGAGAGGGGAGAGGCCCUACGAAUGCCGUGAGUGUGGGAAAAACUUCAUUUACCGCCAGCAGCUUAUCAGCCAUCAGAGAAUCCACACAGGUAUGAGACCCCAUGGAAGCAGUGAGUGUGGGAAAACCUUGUCUUGCCACUGAGCCCAUGUGAGCCAUCAGAGAAUCUGCAAGGGGGAUCAACACCACAAACCCUCCAGGGCUAUCGAUACUUUCAUACUUUUCCUGAUUCCCACAGAGUAACUUUUAAAAGCUGUUUGAACUGCAU